AAUCCAGUCGUUCCAGUCCAGCCAGUUGCAGAUAGCAGGGUGCAGGUGAAAGAAGACAGGGAGGGACCUAUCACAGCCGAGAGAGGAGAGGAGGAGAAAGCAGAGAGAAACCAAAGAUGAGUGCGUGAAUCAAAAUGGACCCAACCAAACACAGCUAUUCCUCAAAAGUCCUGUAUGCAAACAGGGGAGGAGGGACGGAUUCACCCACGGAGGAGAUGGUGCAGAGUUUUGAUUCUGUGAAUGGGGAGAUGCAGGCGGAUGCAGAAAGCAGAGAGCCGGAUGUGCUGGAUGGCAAAACAGCUGCAGAUACCACCCUCUACCACAAGGGGUCAGCAGAGAAAAACAAGUCCAAUACGUUCAAAAAUCAGAGGAAAACCAAGCAGAAAGUUGUUUCUGACUUUGGAACGGCGAGCAGGGGAACUUCAUCUGGAACCAAGGCCAGAACAUCCCUGCAGGGUCUGUUCAGCCCGGCAGGACCUGACAAAACCACAGAGAGCCAGCUGGAUGCGCUGAGGCAGGAGCUGGAGGCCUACACUGUGCCAGUCAGCCUGAAAUGGAUGUGGAGAGAAGAAAGUAAUGGAGCCACGCUAGAGAAAAGCUGGACAGAUUUAGUGCAAAAUCAUUCAACAAUGUCAAAGAUGCAGAGGCACCAACAGGAGGCGCUCUGGGAGCUAAUCAGCACUGAGCUCAUCUACAUCAACAAGCUCAAGAUCAUCAAAGAUCUGGUGAUUGCUGCUCUUCUUCACCUCCAUCAGCGUGGAUUUCUGCAGGAGGUGAGCCCCGACCAGCUUUUUUACAACCUCCCCUCCAUCCUACAAGCACACCAGCUGUUCUGGCAGGAGGUGGUUUACCCCAUGGUGCAGGAAGUACGGCAAACAGGAAAACCUUUUGACCCCAUGGGGCUGGAGGAGGGCUGCCGGCAGUUCCAAAAACGCUUCCUGGUCUACCGUGAAUAUUGCUGGGAGGAGGAAAACAGUCUCGACUUCACACGCAGGCAGAUGGAGAGUAACCCACACUUCCAGACUUUCAUUCAGUGGGUGGAGAAUCACGCUCAGGGUGAACGGAUGAGGCUGGGGGACAUGCAGGCCAAGCCUCACCAGAGGAUCACCAAGUACCCGCUGCUGCUCAAGGCAGUGCUCAAACACACAGAGGAGCCCCGUGUGCAGCAGGCACUCCGAGACACGUUAUCCAGCGUGAACGUUUUCUUGGAGAGCAUCAACGAUUACAUGCAGAAGAAGGAUGACGAGCUCGCCCUGUACACCUCUGCCAGGAGGGUGGAGGGAUACGAGGUGGAGGGAAUAAAUGAAGAAAUUGACAAGUGUGUCCAAGAGAUCUGCAAGUUCAAUCUUGAAUGCCCCAUCAGAGGUGUGAGUCCUGAAGUGGUGCGUAAACUUCUGCUGGAGGAGAACCUGAAGGUUCGAGUCAGAAAGGAUCAAAAGCUUGAGGUGGUAGCUCUACUUUUCUCAGAUGUUAUUCUUCUGACUAAAAUCCAGAAGAGAGGCGAGGGUCUGAAGGUGGUCCGACCUCCUCUGGCCCUGGACAGGAUCGAGUGCAUUGCUCUGAAGGACGGCUGUUCGUUUCUUCUGGUGGAGGUGGGUGAGCUGCAGAGUGUGAUGAACGUCCUCAUUUUUGUCGCCAGCACAUCACUAAACUGCUCCAAGUGGGUCUCCACCAUCAAUGAGGCAAAGGAAAUGCUGAAGAACCUGAGAGAGCUGGAGACCAACAGACUGGAGGGUUUAAGAGUACAACAGGUGGAGGCCAAAAAUGUCACUAAAAGUGAGGACAUAGAGAUUAAAGUACCUCCUAACAAUACAACAAAUGGGUCUCACAAAGCAGAACUAGAACUACCCUCUGAAGAGGCAUGGACUAACUCCUUUGGACAACUACUCCAGAACUCCCUGCAGUUGAACCAAAUCCGUAAAUCAGGACGCAGGAGUAUUGGAGGAGGACAACCAAACCAUAAAGAGCAGGACGUUUCAUGUAGAAAUCCACAGAAAGAGGAAAACAAAAUGACAGAGCCUGAGAAGGCGACCACCGGCAUGUGGAACCAAAGAGAAGAGUCCGCCCCAAACUCGGAUCAAUUCACUCGCCGUAAACCUGGACAUUCAGUAAGAAACAGCUCUCUGAGACGAUACACCAGAGUGAUUGAUGAACUUCCAGACGUUGACUACCCAACAGAGGAAGAAAGCACUUUACAACUCAACUACAAUCAGCAGUUCCAAAAAUGGGGGUCUUUGAGGUCAGAUUUAGAACGGAAAAUCCUAGAGAGGAAAGAUUCCAACUCGCGGCUUGCAGUGCAGGAUGGAAACAGAAACUCAAGUCAGUCAGAAGGGUUGUCUAUAGAUCCUGGUUGGUCCUCUAAACAACUGAAAUCUCCUGAGCUUCGCAAGAGGAGGUCACUCAACUCUAUUCCACCUCUUCCUCAACAAACCUCCACGCAAGUUUCAGGACAGAAUCCAGCUGUUUCGAACAGCUCCUCAGACUCUGAGUCCGGCCAAAAUUUCAAGAGAAAUUCACUUCCUGCUAGCUUUGGUUCAGACCGUUCAGACCCGCACAGAGUGAUCAAGCCGAGCGCCUUAAAGUCCAACCAAGACCAAUUUGUAAACAAAGCCCGUCCAGACCUCCAAACACCUUCAGAAACUGAGGAUCUCCAAAAUAAAAAGCCCAAACCGAAGCCUCAGAGACGCUCUUCUAACCCCAACAUUCCCACACAGGAAAAUCUUCGUGCAAACUCCAAUAAAUUCUAUGCAACCUCCCCACCUCAGCGUCCGCCUCCAUCAAAAACCAAUUCAGAACUCCCAGCACUGGAGGGCCUUUUGGAAAGAGCAAAGGAAAGGGACAAAAGCGGGAUAAAAAGAGACCGAAAUUUAAAACCAGUCUUUUGGAGCGCGAGGUACUACCCUCCUUCCUACCCAAUGAGCCCCAUCAGCCCCAAACCUCCCAGGAUACCCACUAAGAAAGACCCAGAACCAGAGUGCAAGGAGGUGGAGCUGACGAGACGCAGAGCCAUGGCAGUGAGUCAAGGAUGGAGGGAGCAGUUGGUAGAUGGGGAUGAAGAUUGUAAAGAUGGGAAUUUGGUGUUUCUGGACGGUGAAAACGUGGACUGGACGGGAUGGUGCUUAGAUGAUGACGAGGUCAUGCGCUACUUGAGUCCUGGAGACCACAGCGGCGACAGACUGGAGGGGAUCAACCGAUCCAUGGCCGAAUGGGCCCAUAAUGAGUUUUCAGAGCAAGAUGACGGAGAAUGUAGUCAGGUGUAACUCGGCAUUCGCACGGCUACACCUGAGCCACACAGUCGCGAAUCAAAGUUUAGCAUGUAAAUAUUAAUAUUAAGAUAGUAGAAGUUGCAUUGAGAAGAAAUGUUCAAAGAGAAAGCUAAUCUGUAAAAAAUAAGAUUUAUAUCCAGAUCGUUUUUUUUUAUAUAUAAAUAGUUCAGGGUCUAGAAAUGAGAUGUCAAUUAAAAUGCAACAAUUUAUUUGUAAUAUAUGUAAAAUGUUGUAAUAUACCAAGAAUAAUACAUGUAUGUGGCUUGUGUUUUUUUAAUACACACUUUCCUAUUUUAUUCAAACUGCGCAUUUAUACAGCAGCAUGAUCACUGUUUGUAUACAUGUGUGAAAAAUGGCAAAACUCUUAUAAGUGCACUUUAUUUAUGAAACAUUUAAACAAAU